CAAUAUGGUCGCGUUGAGUCAGCUGUUCCGUCUGCUACAAUGACGGAACAUUAUUUUCGUUAAUCUUGAGGUCUGCAUAUCUUUAUGUCGACUCGCGUUGUAUGGACGAAUUUUGUAAAUAAAGUGUACCGAAAUAACAAAAAUCUACUGCAUUUUAAUAUUUGCUGUUUUACGUAUCGCGGAUAGCCAAAUGUGUCAAGUAGUAGAAAAAUACGUGUUCAAUCUCGUGUGUCACUGACAGGUGGUGUAGAGGAAUGUCAAAUAGGUAGAUUUUCAUUGGUUAACUAUUCGUAGUCGGUAGUUCGAAACUGUUGAUCAAUCACAUAGAAGUGGGCUGUGAUGAGCGACUCCGAACAGCGGCAGCUGCACGUGCCUUACCGAGAAUACCAAAGCAAGAACAACAAUAAUUCUAACCUCGUUGAGACUGACGCUUUGGUCGAUCUCUCUCUCGCCCUCGAUUCGAAUCAGCAGACUUCUGUUGUUCCUCCAGAACUUGUACCUGACGUUGAAUUCAUACCAGGACUGGGCAACGAUCAAACUCCAAUCAUUGAUUCCCCAGGCAUCGAUCGGGAGAGCCAGCCUCUCCUCGGUCGACUGGAGCUCGAUGUCACCUUCAACCGUUUUCCAGACGAUCCACAGUUUUCAGAACUUGUUUGGCAAGCAGAGUGUGCGAUAGAUCAUGGAAUUUUUCCAGAUAGAAUUUACCAGGGCUCGAGUGGUAGUUACUUUGUAAAAAAUCCAGCUAAUAAAAUAAUUGGAGUGUUCAAACCAAAAGAUGAGGAGCCCUAUGGAAGGUUGAAUCCCAAGUGGACAAAAUGGAUGCACAAAUUGUGUUGUCCUUGCUGCUUUGGUCGAAGCUGCUUAAUCCCUAAUCAAGGAUACCUUAGUGAAGCUGGAGCCAGUCUUGUGGACAGAAAAUUGGGUCUAGGUGUUGUACCUAAUACCAGAGUUGUCAAGCUGGUCAGCGAAACGUUUUAUUACCCUCGUAUAGACCGGCAAAAGGCACGAAUGAAACGUGCAAUAAUGGAAGCUAUGCCUAUAGUUGGUUCGCAUUUCAAUCGCAUUGGCCUUCCCCCUAAAAUUGGAUCCUUUCAAUGCUUUGUCGACAGUUAUAAAGAUGCAGAUUACUGGCUGCGCAGGUGGGAAAACGAACCGUUGCCACCCCGUCUUGCACGUCAGUUCCAACUCCAGUUUGAACGUCUGGUAGUUUUGGAUUAUAUCAUCCGCAACACAGACCGAGGAAAUGAUAAUUGGCUUAUUCGUUAUGACGCUGGUGGAAAAACUGGUGCUGAACCCGGUGAAGUUAAGAUAGCUGCUAUAGAUAAUGGACUAGCAUUUCCAUUUAAGCAUCCUGAUUCUUGGAGGGCAUAUCCUUACCAUUGGGCAUGGCUCAGUCAAGCGAAACAACCUUUUAGUGAGGCUACACGAGAGUUAGUCCUCCCUCAGUUAUCUGACCAAAACUUUGUCCAAGAUCUCUGCGAUGAUUUGCAUCAAUUAUUCAAACAGGACAAAGGAUUUGAUAGAUCUCACUUCGAUAAGCAAAUGAGUGUGAUGCGUGGUCAGAUUCUCAAUUUGCAGCAGGCACUUAAAGAUUCCAAAAGCCCUGUACAACUUGUGCAAAUGCCAGCUGUCAUUGUUGAAAAAGCUAAACAUGGUAAUGGUGGGCCGCGGCUGUUUUCCUUUUCCGAUACUUUUACACAACGCUUCCAGAACAAGAGUCCCUUCUUCUCCUGGUGCUGAGUUAUCAGGUUACUAAAUUGAUCUUACAUGGAAGACAAGACUUGUCUAGGAAAUAUGGAUUACAGACUCUACCCCUUCCCCAUCAAUUGUUUAAAUAAACAUUGGAUUAAUAAUUAUCUUUACAAUAACAUUAAUAUUACUGAUUAUGUCUAUUAGUCAAGAAUCCACCGCUGAUCAUGAGACAUUUUCUUGUAAAUGGGGUAUAAACAUUGUUCAUAUUAUGAUAUUGUACACAGUAAAUAUAUCGCGUUAAAAUCAUCCUUGGUUGCAUUGUAUGACAUUGGGCAACUUACGUAUAGAUGUAGAAAAAAAUUUGUGCAUAUUUCCAACUCAUUUAGGCAUAUCUCAUAAUUUUUAAAAGAAUAAUUUAGGAUUACAUAAUACUUAGGGUUGUCUGUUUACUUCUGAACAUUUUUGAGUCGAUACAUAUUGUGGGAUUAGUGUUUUAAAUUCAGUCAUAUACGAUUAACGACAUACAAAAUGAAGAUUAUUUAAUCCCCUAAAAUAAUUCCUUGUUAUAAAGAAAGUCAAGCAUUGACGUUAGGAAACCUGCUAAAUGAUUAGAUUGAGAGUAGAAUUAUAUUUUUAUAUCAAAAUAUGAUUAUUUUUGGCCUGGUGAUUUAUUCUCUUCAGAAAUUCAGAUGGUGAGCUCAAAUUGCAGUGCUAAGAUAGACCUCUGAUGCUACAUUGGUGAUUGGACAAUCAUCAAUAAUUAUUUGAAUAUACAUUUUUGCAUUCACCCUGCUCUGUUGGAUGAAAAUAAAAAAUUAAUAGCCAAGAACAUCUGUACCAGGUUUAAGUUCAUUUAAUAACAUGAAAUUUGUACCACUCAAGUACUGCAACAAGCUUUUCACAUUAUCCCUGUUGUUGGCAGAGAACCAAUAUAAGAUUAAGCUUUUUACAAGAGAAUAAGUGAGGGAAACGUGUAGUUUUUAUAUGUAUAGUUUCCGUUUUGUCAUAUAAACUUAAGCAACGUUACAAACCAAAUAAAAUUCAAACUUCAACCUUAAUCGUAGUCAGAAUGAACAAUGAUGUAAAUUGGCCCUAAUAUGGGUUAUUGAAUUAGUAGGUUCAACUCUAUUAAAAAAGUUCUAAUAAAGUACAUAACUUGUGUGGAAAAAAGUAUUUAAGCAUACGAAUACUAGUAUGAUGCCUUAGUUUAUGAAAAAAGAUGUAAGUAAUUUAAUUUUAAAGAGAAAUUUGGGCAAUUAUUUUAGUACGAAUUGCUAGUAUAUAAUAGAUAAAUCAGUGAUUCAUUGCUAUGUAGAAUUUUGUAGAUUACAUGAAUAGAUUAAACUGAUUUUGUUUUGAAUUGACAAAUUUUCCAUGCAUUCCUCGGAAAUUAGCCUCAAAACAAAUUUAAACAAUUCCAUUUAACUUGAUAUUAGCAUGCUUUUAUUUUGGCAGAGGCUGAAACUUCACUGUUAACAGCUUCGUCAGAGCUUUAACGUCGGAUGAUCGAGUUUUAAAUACUUUUAAUUUUUUAUAUUACACUUUGUAAUUGAUUUUUAUAACAACUAUAUCCCAUUUGGUGUAUAACUUUUAACAAAUUUGCUUGGAUUCUAAGGGAGUCCUAGAACACAAUGGAGGUAGUAGAGCUGUGUCCUAAUAAAAGGGCGUAUCGAGCCCAAGUCAGACCAACCACUUGCCCAUGCAAUAUGAAAGUAAGAACAAGAUUAUGCAAAUUAAAUAAGAAUUUAUUACGUAACUCAUAGAUACCUAAAGUUGUUCAUGUACAUACAAGGGCAUACUUAUGAGUUAUUCGUAAUAUUCUGCAAUUUUCUUAGAAGUGAAUUAUUGUAAUUGGGAAUCACUUAGCACUAUAAUUUGUGCCAUCUCAUGUUCUACUCAGGUGAAUGUUUUGUUUAGUUUAACGAUUGUAACUAAUUACAAGGAUUAUAAAAUCAACUAAUUGUGGGGUUGAACUUAUACCUCAAGUUCAGAUAGGAAUUACGAAUUAUCCAUAAACUUACGGUUGUUCUCAAUGUAUACAUAGGUUGCUGAAUGAAAUCAAAAUAAUCAUUAUUGUCGCUCUCUGUUCAGAAUUAAUUCGGUUGCAAAAUUGAUCAGAAUAUGUUUGUAUUUCGUCAAUUAUCGUGAGGUCAAAUCUCAGCAAACAAAAAAAGAUAAUUUUCAGUACUUACGUUUCAUUGAUGUCUCGGUGCAACUAAAAUCAAAGAUCAAUAAUCGAUAUUGUACUUGAACGUACAUACGUAUAUCAAUUGGAAGGACAUUGCUGAACAUUUUUUAUAUGUAUAGCGUGAAGAAAAUAUCAGAUUCUUAGAAUUAUUGAAUUGUUAUGGAACAUUUGUAAAAAAGAUGACUAACAGUGUCGAAGUUACUAUUCUAAUGUAAGAAAAAUUACAUGCCACAAGGGCUAGAAAGUAUUCUAACUCUGUAAAAAUCGUAAUAGACAAGACUGUAUCUAAAAUUAUCAGCGGAUUUUAUGUAAUUCCUCAAUUUCCGUGUUUCCAUACAAACACUGAGAGAUGGGGCACAAGUAUAUAUAAAUCUGAUGAAAUAAAUUCUCCUCUUCAAACUA